GGGUUCAAGAGUAACACUCGGCAGGUAAUAAAUCAUCGACAGCCUGAAAUGCAGCAAAGAUAAUGAAGCUUUCAGUCAGCAGGUGUUUGAGGGUAGUGCUUGAAGACAAAAGAUUAAAAUCUUUAACAAAAUUGUGCACACAUAUGCAGAUUUGAUUUACACCUCUUCCUCAGAAAGAGAGGGAAAUAUCAACGUUUUCCCAAGACUACUAAUAAAAUAUAACCUGCUGCACUGACAUGUUGAACCAUUUUGUCUCUGCACACUAUAGAGAGGCUUGUUAGUGCAGACUGAAAAUCUGACUCUUGUUGUACAUCACCUCAAGUGUCCACAUAGAAAUAAGUGAGCUCUGUUUUCUAUCUUCUCUGUACCUCCAACAAGGGCAACAAAUACGGUACAACAAAGGUGAUAAAGGUGCUUUUGUAUCAACACAACAUAAUAAGAAAUAAAUCAAAUUCUCAAGCAAGAAAAUAGCACAUCAGAGUGUUGGAGGACAGGCUUUCCUCACAUGUAGUUUAAGCUGCUUUGAGAUAAAAACACUUAAAAAGUAAACUCAGAACUGCUCAGCUGUGGUGUGGAAGGCUGCUGCCUCUAAAUGAACAGAUUCAGGGUUCAAAUCCAAAACAGGGACGUUUGACGUGAGCAAGGAAUUAAAAAACAUCAUCUCAAUGUGAAGCUGUGAUUUUUUGUCUUUCUCUUGCAGAAAAUAAAAGUAAAAAGCCAUUUCUGUUUUCACCUGUAGUCUAGUGAUUAAAGUUGCUGACUUUCUAUGAAAGCAUCCUGGGUUUGAUUCCAGACUAUUCAUGUAAGACACAAAAGAAACACCUCCCUGAAAUGUUGUUAGAGAGUUGUGUUUAAAGAAGCAUAAUCAAACUGUUAAAGGGAUAUUCCGGGGUAAAAUUAACUUAGGAUCAAACACACCUUAACACCGAGUUAGACACCCCCUCGAGAGAUGAAUGUUGCUGACCACUUGCUUCUAACUUGGUGUUAUGGUGUGUUUGACUCUAACUUGAUUCUACGCCAGAAUAUUCCUGUAAAUGAAAAACCUCCCAAAAAGAAAGAACUAAAACACAUUAACCCGUUUACAGUGGACAUAAACAUGAGGUGUAGUAUUUGUGUCAAGGGUGGAUGCUAAUAAAUCAAUAAAGAGUGAACAGUGCUUAUGUUUGGAACAGAAAAUUCUCCCUUUAAGAAGUAACAAAAGAUGAGCAGACUCCAGCAGAGCUCAAGUGUUUUAACAAUGGUGAGAAGCAUUUCAGUGUGAGAGUGACUGUCGUUACUGAAGCGUGAGGAUCAGAGUCAAGUGUCCCAGUUAUCAUUGUUGUCUGUGCGGACACGCUCUGUCUGCACCAACCCUCCAUCCAUCCAUCCACUCACUGUACUUACAGUCUACGCUCCCGUCAGACAAUUCUACGUCACAGCCAAACCCCGCCCCCUUCCAACCGCCUCCAUCACUGCAUGCUCGAGCGAGAGAGAACGUGCUCUAAGUGCGUCAAGUGACAACAUACGGCGCGAGAAACCGGAUAUGGAUGAUUUAACCGCCAGAUUAAAAGCACAGACUGCAGGUAAGACAACUUCUCUGUGUCUGGGUCAUACUUGGACUAUUUUGUUGAUUGAUAAAAUUACGUAAAUAGUCAUGAGCUUAAGUUGUUGUAUAUUGACCGACUGUUUGCUUCUCUAGUUUUACCAACUUUGGUAAUGACCGCAGGAUAGCAAUACAGAGAGCCACACGCUCAACCAAAACGCCACUCUGUUGCCACAAAUAAUGCUCAGAACAGCACCUAACUUCAUCAACAGGACAUAUAGGGUCCCAGCCAUAGUACUAGCCACUAAACAUAUUUUUAAUUUUGCCUGAUUUCUUUAGCAAAGAGACUGAACAAAACUCACCUACUCUUCUCCAGCAGCUGCUUGUUUGUAUCAAGACCUCUUGGCGACUCCAUCGACUGCAGUGGGGUGACACAGCUCAAGGAAGAACAUUUAUGAUCAUUUCUUUAUCAUUUCCUUGAAGUAAUAAUCAUCAUAUUAAUCAUUUUGCACUGCAGACGCGGUAGUUCUUCUACCUUAGCAUCUCGGUCUGAUUGCAUUUCCAAAAAGAAAUGAUCAUAAAUGUUCUUCCUUGAGCUGCGUAACCCCGCAGCAGUCUGUAAUGGACUGGCCUGAGGUCUCUGUACAAACAAGCGGCUGCUGGAAGAGAGUAGGUAAAUUGUGUUUAGUCUCUUUCCUGCCACUUUAUUUGUUUUUAUUUUUUUUUAAUUUGUUUAUUAAUUUAUUAUUUUCUCUUUUCUAUUAUUAUGAUAGCAAUUAGUUUUGCAAUUUUUGUUAAGGUAUAACACUUACUCUUCUUCAUUCGCUCUUUCCUCAACAAUCAUCACAAUCUUAAAAAAGGGGGGAAUAAAGAGGGAACAAUCUCACCCACAAACACACACACACACUUCAUAACACACAUUAAAACACCCACCCACACACACUUAAUGAAACACAGUCUCGCAACACUUUCUAAAUGUAAGUGUUAUGUGUUCCUGCUGUAUUUGUCACGUUGCCUUGUCUCCAUUGUCUGUUUGCACCGUAUAUAUGUGUCGUCAACCACCUGUCAUGAUCUGUCCUGCAUCACCUAAUAAAAAAAAAAAAGAAAAACUCAGUGUUACAUUUUGUUUGACCCUAACUCAAUUUUACGCCGGAAUAUCCCUUUAAUUUAGAGACUACAUCUUUGUGGGAUUAAUUACUGCGUCAUCGCGUUUGCGUGUCUUAUUCUGAAAGUCUUCACCGGAAAUUGGUGCUGCUCACCUGGACUAAUUGACGGGCCGAGACAGCGCCAGUGGAGUGACAGUGGGAAGUGCAUCUGCUGGUGGUACCACAUCCUCCCGGCGUCGUCCCGGACUCUGACCGGUGAUAACCCAGCCGAUAUCACCCGGAUAACCUGCAGCUGUCACUCUUAGCCUCUGUCGUCGGACCCUGUUUGCUGCAGUCGCAUCGGUUUCUUUCCCGUUUUAUUUUUUCCUCCAGAAACUUCGGCAUUUUUUUACGCGGAAGGAAAUAAAAAAUGAACGAGAGUGAGCAGAUUUUAAAGCUAGCGGAGUACGAUUUCGAGCGGCGUUUCGACGAAAGACGAGCUCUGGAAUGGAUGCAGGAAAACUGGUAUGUAUAAGAGAGGGAAAUACGGAGUUAGAAAUGCGAGAAAACGUCUAAAUUAUAACGCCUACACUGUUCUGUUUCUCUCCCGGGAGAGAGUGACCGUUGGUGGGUCGGUCUGUUUCGACCUAAUGUCAUGAUCAGGCUGCUCACCAUGAGGUGAUACCUUUAUGUAAUACCUUUGUCAUGCCUAUCAGCCCCAUCUUAGGCUUUCCGACUUAAAAUGUUAAAGUUGGUUCCUGAUUAUGCUUAAUUUGACCCUAAAGAGGAGCUAUUAUCACACAAGUGUAUUUUAAAACCUUAGGAAACUAGUGCUCCUGUGAUUCCUGUGCAUGCACUUAAUUUUAGGGGAGAGUGGGGUAAGUUGAGCCACCCCCUGUUGCUUGGAAAUGGUCAAAGAAAUUGAUCAUGUGACCAAAUAUUUAGGAGAUGGGCAUCAAUUCAUGGAGUCUGUGAAGGUUAGAAGCACAUGGGUGAAGAGGUUAGACAUUUAUUUUUACAAAAAAAAAACCAACCUUUUUCACCCUUAAAGUGAAUUGAGUCUGUCGUAAGUUUGAUAAGAAUUGUGUUCAGACCAAAAAAAGAUCAUUUUAAAUUUGUUUUACAUCAUUGUUAUCUAUGACACAACAUGAGUCAAACCAAAGUCCACCAUUUUAGCUUAGAGGACUAAUAAAGUCAUAAUAGUAGUUCUGGGGUAACUGAGAAAGUAAAGGAGUCUGAUGAGAGGAUCAGAGUUUGGACUGGAGUGGAGAGUUGGAGGGUAGUAGGGACACGGCUCAACUUACCCCGCUCCUAUGGUCAACUUACCCCAUACACGGGUAUGCUAUAUUAUCAAGACAGUUCUGUUUACACUCAUUCUGUUGGUUUGCAGGGAUGAGCAACAACUUGAAAUAUAUGCAGAUACACAAGUUAGAGACAAAACUAUUGGUGUCUCCCAAAUCGCAUACUUCCACACUAAAUACUUAAAAUUUUGAGUAUACUCAACACAAAAUGAAAAAAAAUAUGGAUAGUAUGUGAAAAUUGAGUAGGCAAAAGGACCCGGAUGACGUACUCAAAUCGGUCAAGAUUUUGAGUAUCCGACUGUGGACACUCGCCGCACUCAUUUCAUCAGUAGGAAUGACUGCGGACGGCUGUGGUGCCAGUGGGUCGGCGACGGUCGACCCGCGAGCUUUGUACCGAUGUAAGUAAUACGUUGCCUUUUACACAUGUUCUUUCCACCAAGCACCGCCAGCGUUUAUCGUUUUGAGUAUAUUUGUGGUGUAAUCUGUUUGUCUUUUACCGUGAACGUUAUCGCGAAUGCUAGUUACCCAGUAGCCGCUGGGUUCUGAAGCGCUACCCAUGGCGUAAAAAUGAGCGAUGAACGUUAGUUUUGUUGCUGAUUCUACCUCAAAAAUGGAUGAACGAGCGAAGGCAAAAAGUGGCGGUAAUUAGCUGAUGCAGAGCUAGCGGGUGAAAAAUUGGCGUAGAAGAAGAAAUCGCGUCGUCAUUUCCGUUGAGUGCGCCGCGCGGCAGUAAGCGAUUUGGGACAACACUGCACCCUUGAAACUCAAGCACUAGGCGAUUGAGUACAUAGUAUACUUAGAAUACUGAAGUAUUUAGUAUGGAAGUAUGCGAUUUGGGACACGCCAUAUGACUGCCUUGAUGUAGCGAUCCGAAAAAUACGAAAAAUGGCUCAUCUUACCCCGCUCUCCCCUACACGAAACAAAAUUGCUGAAUCCCUGCAGACACUAAAACGCCUCCCUCUAUUGUCCAAUUAAACGUCUCCUACAGAGGGAGUGACCCCUCGCUGAGCAGCUCCUCCAGGAAACCUAGUAAGACCGCAUUUUUAACCCUCACUUCCAUGAGACUGUGCAAGAGUGAAACUGAAUCCAGCUGUGUUCCUCCUGCAGGAGAAAGUCAGCUGUCAGUUGAAGACUCAUAAAAGCCCAGGAAAAGUGUGCACAGUCCUACACAGAGAGAGAGAGAGAGAGAGAGAGAGUAUGACACACAUGUAGACACCCUGAGGAGUGCCAGGUGAAUAAUAGAGAAGGAAACUCGGCUGGAUUUUUGCACGAUGAUUAGAGAUUACCGUCAGCGCUCGUUCUGCUGAGUUGUGCAAUUUGUCCGUCAAUGCACACUUUUAUGCAGUCAGACAGUUCGUUAAUCCUCUGUGGAUUAGGAAGAUUUACAUAGCUCCCUGUAGGAUUCACAUACAUUUUCUCCCUUGCUUCCUUGUACUUGGCAUAUUCAGUGUCACUACAAGCGAAGCACAGAUAAAAACCUUCGAUAAAAGGUGCGUAUACUGGAAGUUUGGACUUCUAUCAGGUAAUAAAUCACAAGUUUAUCAAUGAACUCUUUGAAAACCACACAGUAUCAACUUGGGUCAUAAAAAACAGCCAGGAGCCAUCAACCAACUUCGAGUUAAUUACCUGUCUGAGUUGAAUACUUGAUUUUGAUUGGUCAAUACCUCAUGGCAGCAGUGUGUUAUUCCUUUUUGUAAAGUAGAGAAUGACUAAUAAUCGGCUGGGCUGAUUAAUCAAGCUGGUUAUCGGCAUUUUGAAACGAUCUGAUCGACAUAUGUGCAAAACUUGUCAUCACUGUUUGUGCAGGAACCGUGAUUUUGAGUGAGAGCGUGGGGAGUAUGGGGCGUUAUCUUACCUGCUUGUCUCAGACCCUGUAGAGAUGGCAGGUCGCAGCUGAUCGCUCUCUCUGCAGAGCUGAUGAUGCACUGCAGCCCGCUCUGGUCCUCAGCAGUGGCUGCAGUGCACCAGACUUUGAUGGAGGGGGUGAGGAUGGAGGAUGGAGUGAUGGAGGUGUAAAACUGCACCAUCGUCGUCUUUGGCAGGUUGAAUUUCUUCAGCUGCUGCAUGAAGAACAUCCUCCGUGGUUUUCACUGUUAACGCACAUAUAUAUCUCUGUCAGCGUGCUUAUUUUUGGACAUGCACAAGUUUGAGAGCCAGUCAACAUCAGCGUCUGUCUGAACAGGGGAAAUUUUCAUAAUAAUAUGACUCUUUAAAUUAAAAAGCAGUAUAACAGUUACAUCACGACCAUUUCUCUCUCAUAUUCACCCUUAUCUCUGUUUAUCUUUUCCUGCUUUCUGCUUAAAGGUUUCCCUUUUUCUGCAUCUGUUAUGGACUGACUCAGAGCAGCUAUCAGAAACCCCCCCCUCUAACGUUAAGUGGGUCAAGUAGCAGCAGCAUCUACUUGGCCUAAUAUCUAUUGUGCCAAUCUGGAUUAGUCAUCUGGUCUCUCCCCAAAACCUUCUUAGACACGCACAUCCUCGCAGUCGUGGCUGUGGAGGUAGUGGGUGGUUUCUUUUCAGCCCGUUUGAACAGAAUUCGAUAAGAUUAUGUCAUUUCCUGUUUUACCGUGAUGCUGCAGAAGAAGGCUGACUUUUGGGUUCUCUACUUCACAGGUUCCUGCACACAUAACGUAAAUUUCACCAAACAUUGAGAAAAAAAACAGUAUGGAGCAGAUUCUAUAGUUGGAUUUAUAUCAUGAAAUUGAAAACAACUUUAAACACAGUUAAAUAUAUUUCAAUCUGUGAAUAUUGUAGGACCAUCUAACCAGAAUUUUACAUGCCAAAUCCACCUGCGAUCUGUAGAUCUGAUUUUCUGAUUAUUUUUCAUCUUAAAUGUCAUCAAAGAAAAAUCUGAGCAGAGCUACAGCCUGCAAAUGCUGCAGUUGAGACAUCAUGCAAUUUGAGCUCCUAAUAAGGUAAAAAAUUGUGUUUUUUUAGCGCACCAUGUGCAUCCAAAAUAAUGCUUCCCUCAGGGUUGUGGAUAAAAGAGUAUUUGGGUGAGAAUAUUAAAAACACCAGAGGCAGAAUACGUCGCUGACAUGGCUCUGCUCAGGAUGUCCACAGGAGUUAAAGUGAAGGUGCUCGACUCUCUCAGCCGGUUUGACAUGUAGUACAGUAGGAACUUCAAUUGUAAUUGUUCAUGCAUGUAACAUUGUGUGGUCUUAACACUGGGAGUUUCGGAGGAAAAAGUGCAACGUAUCCAAAUAUAUCCUGUCGUCUCCAGAUUCCUGAUGAUACUCAGCCCUACUUUAAUGUGACGGACCUGCAGAAUCGAACCUUGUUUUAUUAGGCACACACCAUCCUCUCCUCCACUCUCAGUCUCCACCUGUCACUGCCGGACCUCUCCGGUCAUCAUGACCUCUAGUUGCGAUAUCUGAAACAGUAUUAGUAAUUGAAGAUAUUUCAGGAGGAGCAGCGCUCAGAUCUUCUAACCUGGUCACCCUGAGCUGAGAGUCCAAACAGGCAGCCAAAAAUCUGUAAACUCUCUGCUGUGAUUAUGAGUGAGGAUCAGGUCAGAGUGAAUAACAGUUUCAUCAAACUGACCUCUCUUUAAGUUAAAGUUAUUCAUGUGUACGUUCAUCAUGUACCUGACACAUAACCUCUGCAUGGAGACAGAACAUGUCAUGUUGUCUGGUCUGUUGACCCUCAUUGUGCAACAUUUUUAUGUAACAGCGCUAAUCUUCUCAUGUUUCAGGGUCUGACUGAGGUGAUUUAGUGUCGGCUGUUUGUCAGAAAAAAAUUCUUCCUCUUCUGUCGCCUGAUGAGGUCAAAGUCUAAGUAGGGUGGCGUGUGAGAACAGUGCAGCGCGCUACAAAUUAAAAUUCUGACAGAGAAGCCCUGAACCUGAUCAGUUUGAAGUCUCUGAUCAAGAUUAUCUUUGCAACAAUAAAUGCAGUAUUGGCCAACCAGCUGAAAAGUUUAUAUAAUGUCAGAAAAACAAGGAAAAAGUACGAUAAUAAUUUAACAAGUGUAACAAAAAAAAAAAAAAAAAACUGGUCUAGACUAAAAUCUUUUUACAAAGACCUGAUGUAAAGAUCGAAUCAGACCCGCUCCCACCCCAUCCUCAACCACUAGAGUGAAAAAUGUGGAGAAGAAGAACUUCCUUUAACAGGCAGAAACCUCGAGCAGAACCGGACUGAUGUUUGACAGUCAUCUGCUGAGACUGCAUCAGGUUUAGAGAGAGGGAGACACAGGGAGAGAGAGGUGCACAUAGUUGAAGCAGCUGGAUAUCAGCAGGUCCGCAGAACCUAAAACAUCUGCAGCUGCGAUCCAGAGAAGCUACAGGAUGAUGGAGCUCAGGGACUGUAUGAUUUCAGUAGAGAUGCUUUACUGCAUCGUUUUGUUUCUUUCCCCACAGGAGCAAAGCCUUCAUGUUCUGUGGCCUGUAUGCUGCACUCGUGUUCGGUGGUCAGCACUUCAUGAGAGAAAGGCCGAAGCUGAACCUGCGACGCCCGCUAGUGCUGUGGUCACUCAGCCUCGCUAUCUUCAGGUCAGUACAAAAAAAAAACACAGAAGAAAGGAUGUAACUCUUCAUGACCUGCUUUAACUCAAGCAUAAGCUAUGCGAUAGUAAUGCCAUGGACAGACAGGACACACGUUUUCUACAUGCACAGUCUGGUUGCAAAGUCUUGAGUAUUUCCACCCUGAUCAUAAAGAUUGUCAUCGUCAACACCUCCAGGAAGUCGGAUGAGCGCAGCAGCAGGGGAAUGUGCUCUGAGAUACUGUUCACAUCUGAAACCAGUUUGAUGACCAAAAAACAUUCCUGACUGAGGCCAAAGUUUCUGAACCGUGUCCUGAAACAAAAGGAAAACUGUAAACACCUGAGAUCUACCUCCUCCUCUCUACACUCGGUUUUAUUUUUAAAUGAUUGAUUUGUUAAAAUUCAUGGAGGAAAAUGUUUCGCAGAGCAGUGGAGGGAUUCUUUGAUAAAUUCAGGUAUAUGAGAGAGGUCGUACGUCGCUGUAAGCAGCUUCUAUCUGAGUGCUGCAUCUUCUUUAAAAACUCUGAAGAGUGUUGAAAUUGUUUGCCAGAAUAUUUCCUUCCUGUGAUCUCUGGAUCGAUAAACUGCAACAGUACUCUGGGAUUGCAGGGCUGUUAGAGGUUUUAUUACUUUACAGUAGUGAGUAAUGUCGAGUCUUUGUGGCUGCAGCAGAGUCUGAACAAUGGGGAUGUGUGGGAGGGAUUCUUUGGGUCACCUUUUUAUGAAAAUAAAUCAUUUGGUUGUAAAAUGAUGCUUCGAGGUUUGAUGUUUGUGAAAGGUCAAUGCUGUUUGUUUGAAUGAAUGAUUAACGUUUUACUCAUCAGGACUGCAGAGACCAUCUCUCUUCUCUAAGGGUUGUUAAAGAAUUUCAGUGAAAGAUAAAAGCAUCUUUAAGAGAGCUUAUAACGAAGAUCGGAUCCUGCAGCGACUUAAAUUAACGUUUGAUUUCAAGUUCAUGUAUUUACUGUGUGUUCACUCUGCAGUAUUAUUGGAGCCUUGAGGACAGGACUCUACAUGUUCCACGUCAUCACAUACAGCGGCUUCAGACAGUCCGUAUGUGACUCCAGUUUCUACAGCGCCCCCAUCACUAAGUUCUGGGCCUACGCCUUUGUCCUCAGCAAAGCCCCUGAGCUGGGUAAGACUUUCUACUCCUAAUCUCUAAAAUUAUCCUUGAGUUAGAGUCUGUGAUGUCUGGACUGUUCAGAUUUCUACUCACCGACAUAUCAGCAGGGUUUAUCACAGACGCCGCUCCAUCAUCUCUGCAGAGUAUCUGACUGCUAAGACACCCAUAAACUUUAACCUUGAGCUGCUAAAUCUUGACGGAUGUUCCUCAGAGCUCCUGAACUUCACAGUAAAUCUCUGAGAAUAAUCUGUUGAAGAGCCGCUCCUCGGUCUGCAGAGUCAUCCUUUCUCCUCGUGUUGUCCGGGAAACGGAGGCUGGAGAUGCUGAAGCGGCAAAAAGCUCUAUUAGUGCGUGAUUGAUGCAGACACGCUGUCCUCAGCAGCAGAGAGAAGUCUUCAUUCUCUGAUUGGUCGGGUCUUUAAGUCACUACAGGGUUUAUCACACGUUAAACGAAGACAUUCAGACAGGUUCAUCGCAGUUUGAGCCUUAAAGGGAUACUCCGGCGUAGUCUGUGUUAGUCUGUAGUGUGCAUCUGCGCGGCCAGUGGUCUGAGGAGCCAUAAACAAACCUCAACCAAAACGCCACUCUAUAGCCACAAAUAAAGCUCAGAACAGCACCUAACUUUAUCAACAGGACAUAUAGGGUCACAGACAUAGUACUAGCCACCAAACAUCUUUUUAACUUUGACUCAUUUCUUUAGCAAAGAGACUAAACACAACUCACCUACUCUCUUCCAGUCGCCGCUUGUUUGUCGCAAGGCCUCGGGCCAGUCGAUUACGGACUACAGCGGGGUGACUCAGCUCAAGAAAGAACAUUUAUGAUCAUUCUUUUUUCAUUUCCUUAAAGUAAUAAUCACCAUAAAAAUCAUUUUGCACUGCAGACACGGUAGUUCUUCUGCCUUAGCGUCUCGGUCUGAUUGUAUUUCCAUGAAGAAAUGAUCAUAAAUGUUCUUCCUUGAGCUGCGAAACCCCGCUGUAGUCCCUAAUUGACUGGCCUAAGGUCUCCGUACAAACAAGCGGCUGCUGGAAGAGAGUAGGUGAGUUGUGUUUAGUCUCUUUGCUAAAGAAAUGAGUCAAAGUUAAAAAGAUGUUCGGUGGCUGUGACCCAAUAUGUCCUGUUGAUGAAGUUAGGUGCUGUUCUGAGCAUUAUUUGCGGCUAUAGAGUGGCGUUUUGGUUGAGGUUUGUUUAUGGCUCCUGAGACCGCUGUGUAUUGCUAUCGUACGGUCGUUACUAAAGUUGAUAUCACUAGAGAAGCAAGCGGUCGGCAACAUUCAUCUCUCGAGGGGUGUCUUACUCUGUGUUACAGUGUGUUUGACCCUAAAUUAAUUUUACGCCGGAAUAUCCCUUUAAAGACUUAGUCAGUGACUCUUUUUCAUCAGGUAAACUGUAUAUCUGGAGGUGUGACUGUAAACGGCUGAGUUCCUAUCGCCCCUCUCUCAGGUGACACAGUUUUCAUCAUCCUGAGGAAGCAGCGCCUCAUCUUCCUGCACUGGUACCACCACAUCACCGUGCUGCUCUACUCCUGGUACUCCUACAAGGACCAGGUGGCGGGCGGCGGCUGGUUCAUGACCAUGAACUACAUCGUUCAUUCCCUCAUGUACUCGUACUACGCAGCCAAGGCAGCCGGCCUGAGGAUCCCCCGAGUCUGCGCCAUGAUCAUCACGGCCACGCAGAUCAUGCAGAUGGCGAUGGGCCUCACCGUGCUGGGUCUGGUGUACCGCUGGAUGCACGAGGUUCACUGUCCGUCCAACAUGGACAACCUCACGUGGGGCUCGCUCAUGUACCUCAGCUACCUGGUUCUGUUUGCAUUGUUCUUCUACAACACGUACCUCAGAGGCUCCUCAGAGGGCAAAGGAUCCAAGGCAGAGUAGACAUGACCGACAGCGAGGGGCCGUGAAUGUUUGAGUCGCAACUAGUUCACUGGUUCCUCCUCUUUAACGACACUUUCACCUGACUUUUUAUAGAAACCUGUAGCUCAAACAGCGACUCAUACCUGGAUCUAGAGCGGUAGAAAAGAAGAGGCCAGUUUAACACGAUGUCUUCAAUAGAUGAGUUUACAGUCAAAUCAGAAAAAAAGGGACUAACUCAGUUUCACUUUGUUUAAUCGACUGCCUUCGUUACUUUCAACUAUUGACCUGAACAGAAAGAAAGCCAUGUGAGGGCCAGGUAGUAGUCUGAGGUGUUUGUAAUUUGCCAAGAAAAGUUAUAAAAGAAUAGUUCAACAUGAUAAGGGAAAUAUUUUUAAGGUUUGCAGUCAGGUCCUGUUUAGCAUAGCUCGGCUUAAAGACUGGGAAAAAUCUCUAAAGUUCGUUCAUAAAGUGGAAAAAGGCCUAAAACAUGAGAAAAGAUGGGAAACUGGAAGAGUAAGGUCUGAAUUUGGCAGAAAUGCAGCAGCUAGGUUGCCAACUGUUGUAUAACUUCAAAACCUCUGAAAAAGAAACAGCAUGUGCACAGGUUUUUGUCGUGUGGGAAGGUUAUUACAAAGAUAGACGCGCCUGUUUGAAAGUUUCCCAGAGUUCAACUUUCCCCCCUAAACCUCAAUUUUCCUUUAAGAAAUUCAGAAACUUUGGCAUCGCUCCAGUUAAUCGCUUAAGGCAGCAGCUGCAAAAUGAGCCGUUAACUGUGGAAGUGAGAUCCGUGCAGGUAUGUGUGUCUGACUAAAGUUUUUCCACUUCAGGAAUUUUUCAGCUGCUGACAAACUUAAUAAAACCCUUAAAGUGAUAAGAUACGGCUCUGUGAGGGAUAUUAGGUUAUUUCUGGAAACAUAAAUCGCUAUUUAGCUGCUCUCUUCAAAGCAAGCAGACUCCUCUAACAAGAAAUGAGUCGAGUGUUAGUUCAGGCAAGCCACAGUUUAUGACACAAGCAACUGAAAAAUACAAGGAGCAGAGCACUUAAAUGUUUAUAGAAUUUGUUUUUUUUGCACUCGCAGCUUUUUUUCUCUAAAUCUAAAUGCACUUCCGUCUUGAGCAUCAUAAGGUUUUUUUGUCGCUAUUAGGGUUGAAAUAAUGUUGCGUUCGAGUUACCUCGGAAGUCAGAUGUUGGAGGCAAAAAUGACAUCACACCUGAGCUCCCAGCGUUUCAGUUACAAAGGAAGUCACUGAAACAAGAUGACCAAAGUUAUUUUAGCGCUUGCCUUAUAUUCGGAUAGGCAAGCGCUAAAAUGACUUUCGUAGAUGUAGCCAUCUUGUUUACGCCUCUGAUUUUGCUUUUUUCCGACUUGGUUACUAAAACGCUAGUAACUCAGGUGUGACGUCGUUUUCAGCUCGGACUUCUGACUUCUGAGGUAACUCGAACGCAGCAUUAGUUAUACUUUUAGAACUCCGCGGCACUCGUCUGUGUCGCUUCUCGAUCAACAACCAAUCAGAAUCGAGAAGGAGUGGAACUAAAGUACGAUAUUAGGUCUAGGGCUUCAGUUGAUGUUUUGACAUGAUUUCUAACAAUUGCACAUUUUUAAAAAAUAUUUUAGAACACACCUAAUGGUCUUUAACGAGAAAGCGGUUGCACAGCAGGAAAAUUCGUAACCCUAGCAACAGUGAAUGUUAGUAAGAAGCGUGCUGACAUUGAGGCAGUGAGAGCAGCUAGCACAAAAACGAGUGGAUGAUUGUUUUUUCAGUCAAAUCUGGCGGCUUCGAAGAGAGAAAUCUUACAAAUGUUUCUGUUUUGAGUAAAUAGAUCUGACUUGAAUGAACAGCCACGUCCACCUUUGCACCCAGACUUCAUGCUAAGCUUCCUAUAACCGUCUCAGUGAAACGUGUUGAACUAUUCUUUUAAAGUAUGUCUAUUUUGGCCCUAACACUGUGAACUACAGGAUAGUAUAAAGGGAAAGCGUUAUUCACAAUGCACUGACUUAAAUGGGGGUGUUUCGUCAUCUGUAGUUUUAGCUCAUACCACUAACACACACACACGCACACACACACAGAGUUGUAAAUGUGUAGCUCUGAAGCUGACAGCACAGAGUUCAGUUCGUGUUCACAGAUAAACGUGUCGUCCUCUUACAGCACACAGCAUGUCAUAUUUUCAUAAUGGUAUGCCAACAGAACUGAAACUUUACUCUCUCUCUCUCUCCACACAAAGACGAAAUCUGACGAUAAGAUCUGAGCGACAAACACAUUCCUCAUCUGACAGAUACUUCCAGAGGUCAGGUUGUGUAAUAAUCUGACCCUGACCUUUUCCUUCUUUUGUUAAAAAAACAAACAAACAUGUUUACACUGAGCACGUUCUGCCUUCUUCACCUCACCUGAGAACUCACACUGGAUAAACUCUCCCUCUGCCUCUUUCUCCUCUGUACGGUGUCAGUAAUAUACAAAUAAUCUCUUUUUACUCACAAAGAGGAAAGGACCGCAGAGCUUCUUGUAUCGAUCUGUUCCCACUGUUUACCAUAAAUAGGCAGCUGUUACCCACACGCUUCAAUAACCUUAUUUAUGUGAGAGAAAAGUCUAAUUUAACUGAUUUUAUCGCAUAAGCAACAUCCCUGCUCUAAAAUAAUGAUCCAAUUCAUGAUCAGAUCUUUGUCUUUUUAACAUCAUCCCUUAUGUUUGUUUUAAUCAAACAGUCAGCAAUGUAACGCAAAUAAUUAAGCUAAAAUAAUUUAAGAAUUUAAGAGACUAAACCCAGCAAUCUGAGCGUAAAACUCAAUGUAUUUUAUGAAGUAAAACAUUUAAACACUGCCCUUUAAUAUUACUAUUGAAUUAAUUGGUCAUAGUCUCGAUAUAUUAAACUUGUUUCAGUUAUAGUUAAUCCCUUUUUCAUCAGAGAAAUGCAGAUUAAAGCCUGAUAGUUAAAUAGAUUUACUCCUCAUAAGAAUGAUCUGGAUUAGGGGAUCCACAGUUCUGUUCUCACAUAAUCCAGCUGCUCACAUCCUUUUUGUGUUUUUAUAAGAUAAACUGAAUAUCUUUACUCUGUUCAGAUAUAGAUUUUUGAAGAUUAGCAAUCUCAGAUUACUCAAACUCUGACUGGGACCCAGUCCACAUUAACUGGAAUAUCCUCAUAGUUACGUUUUAAAUAUUUAUUUGUGAUUUAUUUCUUCUUCUUUUACCUUUAUUGGUAAGAACAGCUGAAGAGGGGCAGGUAACAUGAGGAGUAGAGAGUGAGGGUAGACACAGAUCAGGAUCGUGGUCGGGGGUCUUAUCAGCAACCAGAAUGACAAGGAUUAAAGCCUCCUAUAAACAACAAGGCCAACAAACAACCAGUCCAGCUCACUUUUAGCCCAGUUUUUUCAAAGGCAAAGUAAAUCAGAUCAGUUUUAUCUACAUACAGCCUUUAAAGGUUAUCAUGUCUAGAUUAGCAGAGCUUUAGAUAGGACCAAAUUCAACACACGCCAAAAGACACACAAACUGAAAGAUCCUCAGAGUUACUUGUGAUUAAAUGUUGCAGCUAUUUAGGGGAAAAAAAUGUAUGAAAUCCUUGAAUUUGUGUCACAAUCCUCCUGUGUAAUUUACCUUCUACGUCAUGAUAAUAAUUAAGAGGCGGAAAUAUCUUAAAAAUCAAAACUUUGAAGUGUUGAAAAGCUCUUAAAAGUUUUCAGUCCAUGUCCGUACUGUAAUCCAGCCUGAAUCCAGGCUUUACUUGGAUCAGAAUAACCUCUGCCCUCUUAAUAUCAAAGUUAUUCCAAUCCUAUUCAAAUGUUUUCAACAACACAUACUAAAGGUUUAACCCAGUUAAUAAUCCAGUUCAUUAAUCCUUUUGUAUUUCCCUCUGAACAGAUUUUUAUCCUGUCCUGUCAAAAUUAUUUUAAACUGCUGCACCAAGGUCCUCUUUAGCAUGGAAAAUAACGUCAUAAUUUUCAUGCAUCUGCCUCCAAAAUUUCCACUUGUGUCCCUAUUUUUAAGCACAUUAUACUCAACCUUUGCUUCUCUCCUGGUCCCCUUUGUGUAAAGCUACGAUUAACAUUUGAAAACCACCAUCAGAUAAAAACUGUAGAUCCAUGAGGGUGCAGCACAUGAUUAGGGAACUGCUAUGCUGAAUAUAAGCUGUGAGAGUGUGAGCUGAAAGGGCCGCCUGAUCGUUUGUGCGGCACUCAAUGAGCUGCUAAGAGUGAGUCUUCAAUCCUGUGUCCACUGUAUAUAAUAAAAUGUAUUUAUUUUCUUAAACAUCCAGAACGCUCACACGGACCUAAACUGGACCUAGUAGAUGUUAGUUUGUAGGAUGUCCUCUUUCCUCGUUCCUCACACCUCUCCUGCCUCUGUACGCUCAAAGCAUGAGGAUGAAUUGAAGCCGUCAAGAUUUGUAGGAAAAGUUCUCAUUUGUGGUGCAUGGUAAACUUCCAUUCCAUCCUUUUCCUCUCCACGUCCCGUGUUUAAUGUCUCAGCACAUAAUGGACCUAAUAAUCUGUGUAGUUUCAGCCUGUAACUGUACAUUCAGAGGGAGUCACCGUUGGACCACUAUGACUUGAAUUUACCACUGGAGUUAUUACCAUUCGUUUUUGUGCCAAACAGUGAAUCUGUCUUUUUAUUUUCUGUCUGUCAUGGAUAAAUGUGAGCUCACCUGUGUUAGUCUGUUGAUUUAAUCUCUGUGUAAACAUCACAAACACUGACUUCACCCUGUGGAUACCACAGUCGACUGCUGUCAUAGGAACUAAAACCGUUUAAAGGGCUUCGACGUUAAUGUUACAAUAAAAACAUUUUGGUUUUAAAA